AGGCCUUGUACAGUACUCCUCUCGCGCACACUGCACUUCGGCAUCUCUCCAAGUGCUCUCGGGACAGCUACCACGUUUAAAGGCCACACUUAUAUUCCCAUUUAUGCUAUCGUACCAGAUACCACGUCCUAGAUCAGAUGUCCGAUUUCGUUGUUGCCUACGUCUUAUCCAACGAACUGGUUAAGGUCUCUUCGCAGUUGCCUUCAAACAAGAACAGGUCCCUGCUCGUGCACUCUCUCGUGAAGGAACUCGGGUUGCUAUCUCCUCGCUCGAGCAACUCACAAUGCUCUCGAUUACAACUAUUGAGGCCAAAUCUUGCAUCAGCAAAUGAUCUUUCAUCGUAUCAUGCUCGUGACUAUUUGGACUAUGUUCUGAAUUGUAAUCACUUUAGCAACGACGGGACCCCUUUCGAUGCUGAAAAGGCUGCCGAAUAUGGAAUAGAAGAGGAUUGUCCUUGGUUUCAGGGACUGCCCGCAUAUAUACGCCUUGUAGGAGGGGCCUCACUGACAGCUGCGAAUACUUUAGUUCAGGGCCAAGCUGACAUAGCUAUCAAUUGGGAUGGCGGAAGGCAUCAUGCACAGAAAUCCCAAGCUUCAGGAUUCUGCUAUGUCGCCGACUGUGUCCUAGCUCUCCUUGCCCUCAAGCGUUCCCGACUUCCUUCCUCUUUAGAAACUGUUGUUUCGCCUAAUGUCUCUUUGCGCAAACCUCGAAUCAUGUAUCUGGACUUAGACCUGCAUUUCUCUGACGGUGUCUCGCAUGCCUUCUAUAACACUCCAGAAACACCUCAAAUUCUCACUUUGUCUAUUCACCAUGCGGCGCCAGGUUUUUUCCCGAUUUCACCCUUGUCAUUACUUCCACCCUCGGAACCAUCGUCAUCUUUCGAUCCAUUUACACUUUCCGUACCUCUUGCUGUCGGCGCCUCUUCGCAAACAUUCUUCUCUGUAUGGAAUGGCUGCGUUGAACGAGUGAAGGAUGCCUUUCAACCUGAUUACGUCGUAGUGCAGUGUGGCGUUGAUGGCUUAGCUGGAGAUUCGUACGGAAUCUGGAACUGGUCCUUGGGUGGUCAUGAAGACGUCACUGGAGCGGAAGAAGGUAGCCUAGGCUGGUGUGUCGAAAAAGUCUGUCACACGUGGGGAUGCAAGACGUUACUACUCGGCGGAGGAGGGUACAACUCGCCGAACGCAGCACGCGCUUGGGCAUAUUUGACAUCCAUAGCGCUCUCGCGUCCCCUUCCGCUGUCGACUCAUAUCCCCGAUCAUACCUUUUUCCCUCUCUAUGCGCCGUCUUUCACGUUAGAUGUACCACCCAACACCCUCUCUGACGAGAACACUGUGAUGUAUCUUGAAGAUAUUCGAGAUCGUUUCGAUUGGGUCUGCGAGGGGAUCCGGGAGCGGCUCACCACUUUCAUGACGGGCGCAUCGGGCAAUAGAAAGUCGUGAGAACGCGUUGUUUGUUAAAGAAGUCUAAUGAACUACACUCGUACAUUCCUGCCUCACUACGUCUUCUUUAUCCACGUCCAAACCCUGUUCUGGACGCGCCGUGGUGCAGCCUGAUUUUGCCUUGAACGUUGUUGACAUCUCUAC